GCAAUGGGCCGGUGGUGCGUGAGCGCGAUCGGUUGCCUGUGGACGCUAUAAAUAGGGGCAUGGCACGGGACAUCCACUGCAAGUGCAACACAAGUACGCAGAGCCAAGAAACAGAGCAAGAGUGAGUGAGAGAGAGCUUGCAAUGGAAAGAAGCGGUGAGCGGCGGCGAGAGAGGGUGGUGGCGGCGGCUCUUGCGGUGCUCCUCCUCGUCUUCGCGUCCGCGUUCGUGCGGUGCAGGGGCGACGCCGACGGCGAGGGGGACGGCGCCGGCGCGGCCGAGCCGGGAAAGACGGGGCCGCCGCUGCCGCCCGGGUGGAAGGGCGGCUCGGGGUCCGGCCAGGGGUCCAGCCCCGACGGUGCUUGGAGGUAUGGCUGGGGCUGGGCCGCUAGCCCUGGCGGCAAGGGCUCCGGGUUCGGGUUUGGGUACGGUGGCAGCAGAGGCGAAGGUGGCGGCGGCGGUGGCGGCGGCGGCGGAGGAAGCGGUCGAGCAUAUGGUUUCGGUGGAGGAUACGGUGGCCACCCCGGAGGCUUUGGAGGUGGCGGUGGCGGUGGCGGCGGCGGCGGCGGCCGCAACUAUGGUGGCGGCAGCGGCGGCAUUGGAGGAUAUGGCAACUAUGGUGGUGGCUAUAAUGGGGAACCUGGAGGGGGUGGUGGCGGAGCCGGAGAAGGUGGUGGAUAUGGCGGGGAUUAUGGCGGCGGCGAUGUCGGUGCAAACUGGAGCAAGCGCGGGAGCUUCCGCGGCGGCGGCGGCAAGACACAGCAGAAGGACGGUGGCGGUAACAACUGAAGCCGCCCGUCCUCGUCUUCCUCCUCUGGCCAUGAGACGAACCAUGAGCUUCAUAACUAGAGCAAUGUAUAGGAAUCUCCUAAGAUAUAUAUAGUGUCAUGUCAUCCAUGCUACGUUAUCAACUGGGGAACGCUGAUGUACGAGCUUCAAUUUGAGCAUAGCGGUACCGUACGUGCUGUGUUCUUCAGGCUUUGUAACUGGUAGUACCUUCUACUACGAUGGUUCAUGCCCCAAAUGCCAAUAUAGUACUCGACUUGUGAAUUGGUGAUA